AUGAUCCCCACGGAUGCAGUUUUCCUCACAGAGAAGCUGACAGCACCCGGGCCGCGCCCCGACAAGCCCCCGAGCAAGCCCCCGGCGUCAGGACCGCCCCGCGCACCGGGCAGUCGAACGGACGCAGCAGCUGCGGCGCAGGAACGCGCGGGAAGGAACCACCCGGCCGGCCUCCCACCACUUCUCUCUUCGUCGUCGGGUCGGAGGCCCGGGGCAGGGAGCCCAAACCGGAGCCAGACGGCAGCGACGCCAGAGACUCGGUCCCGGGCUCCCAGGGGUUUACCGACGCAGGGGAACGGAGACCCCGGGGGCCUGGGGCCGAGCAGCACGCGGUCUACUCCGCCCGGCCGCCGCCUCCCGCGACCCGCGCGCGGCACGCGGCCGGGAAACCACCUUCCGUGCGUCGGGUCCCGCCCAGCCAGUGUCCCAGAAUUCAUUGUUCAUGCACCACACCCAGUGCUGCGUGAGCUCAUUACUGCCUGCUGCGGAGCUGCGCGGCCCUGGCGGGUCACCUGGAACCAGGUAACGAGGUAACCUGCUUGGAGCAUCUCGUGGGGAAGGAGCUGCGCUGACUGCACGGAACAGCUCUGAAUUUGCGGAGACAGUCGGACCCUCCUACGAAAUGAACACAGCCAAUAUCACUUUUAAUUAAGUGCCACCCUGUGACUCCCACUUCGGUGUUCUGAAUCUAGAAUGCACUCCCGCCCCCGCCUCGCCCCAUCCCGUUCCACGCGCACACAUGCACGCUCUCUUACUAGCGCCUGAAAUGCCAGCUCCUGCCCUAAUUAUCCCUAACUCAAGGUACCUUCGGACUUGUUUCCUCUGAGGCUGGCCAUAGGGAAGAACUGCUUUUGAAUCUUAUCAAGUAAAUACCCUCCGCUUUCAGCUCUGUGCCCACUCUGUGCUCAGCUCUCACAUCUCUGCAGAGGACGUAGUUCAUUUAUGUGGUAAAUAUCGACCGAGGGUCAGCUUUAUGCCAACACCAAACCAGGCUCCAGGGUUUCAAAGAAAACACCUCUCCUCCCUUUCCUCUCCUGUAAUCUUGUCGCUUACUCUCUUUCAGGUCUGUAUUUUCAGUCACCUUGGGCCCUAUCUGCAUAGCUGUUUCAUUGUUCUGCUCAAAUGCAGCGCGGCGCGUGGAAUGUUAAAUAUAGAGACACAGUCCAUACCUGCCAAGAGCUAUUAUUUUUAUCUGUCUACCCUUUCACACCAACUACACUAUUUCUGUCAGUGUUGUAGUCAUUCUCUCAGUCUUCCAGAGAAGAAGAUUUGGAGCUAAUUUGCCCUCUUAUUAGACUGUUAG